GACUAUUUCUGCGACUCCAUGCAGGUGUGCGGGGUGGCGUGCGCGGAGAUCGCCGUGCAGGAGGCCAACACGCACGCCUGGCUCUCCACCAUGCACCUCAGUGACGACGCCACUGGCGCCAGCGUCGGCUACGGGGGAGACCUCGGCAAGCCGGACUUCCGCGACUGGGGGAAGGCGCACUACGGCCCAGCGGGCAAGUGCAUCAACACAUCACUCCCUUUUGACGUAGAGGUGUCUUUCCCAACGGACAACAGCGGCCGCUUGAGGAGCAUGGAGGUGCAGCUGUCGCAGGCGGGCAGCCCGUGCGAGGUGUCCGCCUCGAACGACCAGUACCUCCCGCGCAGUGGCCGGGAGGCCCUCUCGGAGCUCACGCGGGAGCUCGACCGAGGUGUCACCCCGGUGAUGACCUACUGGAGCUCGGCUUACAUGGGCUGGCUGGACGGACCAGGUAAGGACAAGGAGGGCCCGUGCGGCAGGGAGGCGGACAACCCCUCCGAGUGCGGGAAGGCGGUCAAGUUCUACAACUUCCAGAUUCGGGAGCCCGUGAGCGCCUCGGUGAGCGUGCACCUGAACAGGCUGUAG